AAAGUGAUCUUGAAUGCUUGGCCUUUGUGGAUCGACAAGAUUAUCCUUCAGAGUUUUGCUGAUAGUAGACGCAAGCUUGGGAUCAAAUCAACCGGGUGUACAAUGGUACGCCACAGAGCAGCGGGCUUGUUUGAAGCUUCAUGACCUCGGCGAAAAGAGAAAAAUCCACCCUUUUCAUCAAGUGGGAUGUAAGCUGGAAGAGAUGGCGGAAUUGCCCGCUCCAGGACUGCUCUUGAACGUUUGGAACCAGAGGAUGUUCUUUGCGCUCGGAUCGGCAAACCAGUCGUCAAUUCAAAGAUAUCCUGUCGAGUGCCACCCAUACAUGAUUGUACGAAGUGGCGAUUGUGCUCUACUGGAUCCAACUUCGCUAGGAUGCCUUGUCCGAGGCGCCAGACUCGAUGUUGGUAAAGGUUUGUAGUAUUUUGUGUGUUGUGUUGAUCUCCUGCAAUGUCUUGAUAGUUGGCAAUGUGAGCUUCAGCAU